UAAAAGUGUUGAAUUAUAUCCGUGGUCUCCACUCCGAAACCACGGAGGCGGUAACGCGCCAAACGCACGUGUUUGCCAGCCUCCUUAACACGCCAAGAAGAAGAGCAGGAGGAGGAAGAUGGAGAAAAAUGACAGCCCUUAAAAGCUUGGCGUUAAACAAUGUCAGGAUGGGGCAGACCCUGUGCAUAUGCUCCCGGGGCUCAAUGACCAUUGAAAACAAAAAAUAUUACUUUGUCCAGAAACUAGACGAAGGAGGGUUCAGUUAUGUUGAUCUGGUGGAGGGGGCAAAGGAUGGGCGCUUUUAUGCCUUGAAGAGGAUCCUGUGCCAUGACCGUGAAGGACAUCAGGAGGCUCAGACAGAAGUGGAGAUGCAUCAGAUUUUUAAUCACCCCAAUGUUUUGAGUCUGGUUGCGCACACCUUUGCUGAUCGUGGAGGCAAGACUGAAGCCUGGUUACUUCUGCCUUAUAUCAGGAAAGGCAGUCUAUGGUCUGUUCUGGAGAAGCUCAGAGACAAGGGGAACUCGAUGCCUGAAAAACAGAUUUUGCAAAUCCUGCGCGGCAUCUGCUCUGGACUUAAGGCCAUUCAUGAAAAAGGCUACGCACACAGAGACCUGAAGCCCACAAAUGUGCUUCUGGAUGAGGAUGACCGGCCGCUUCUGAUGGACUUGGGCUCUAUGAACCGUGCGAGGAUUGAGGUCAGAGGAACCAGAGAAGCCAUGACCAUUCAGGACUGGGCCGCCCAGCGGUGCACCAUUUCUUACAGGGCUCCUGAACUCUUUAAUGUAGAGAGCCACUGCAUUAUAGACGAGCGCACUGAUAUCUGGUCACUCGGCUGUGUGCUUUACUGCAUGAUGAUGUUGGAGGGGCCGUAUGACAUGGUAUUUCAGAGGGGGGACAGCGUUGCCCUGGCUGUCCAGAAUCCAGUCACCAUCCCACAGUCUUGCAGCUACUCACAGGGUCUGCAGAUGCUGCUGAGCUCCAUAAUGGUGUCGAAUCCCCAAGAGAGACCAAACAUCAACUGGGUUCUCGACCAGGUACAAGACCUGCAGAGUCGCAGCCCCAACACCCAAACCAACAUGGUCUGAUCUUGCACUGGAUGUGGGAUUUCGGAAACCUUUGCACACACAAAAGAGCAUCUAUUAUUUUGAGCUUUAGUGUAAAAGCCUAAGUGCUUAAGUUUAGGGAGCGAGGCAACGUUUAGUUUAAAUAAUCGAAUCCAGCCUGCGAAUCCCAGUGGAUUCUUGUUGUCCUUGUUGAUUCUGUCUGAAGAAUCUGGAGCCCCUGCAGUAUAACACAUAAUGAUUCUAAUAAUUCCGUGGCUUCACCUUUUUAUUUUUUUCAACGUCGAACUUAAGCUAGCAGCCUGUUAUAUUAGCUUAGCAUAACUACUGAGGGUGUGGGGGAAACUGCUAGCCUUCUCACACUCUCUGGUUGUCAUGUCUUGUUUAAUCUGUACUAAACCAAAAUGUAAAAAACAACAAAGGAGAAUCUGUGAAUAUCAUUUGUGAGUUAUUGAGCUUUAUGGCUGAUUUAGUUACCUUUAGACAGCUAAAGAGCUGCCUGUUUCCAGAGGUUUAGUAUACGUAGCUAGACUCACCAUCUGCAAAAAAAAACAUAUUUCUAGCGAUUCCUUUAAGAAAAAGGAAGAAAAGAAACCGUUUUCGUCUUAAAAUUGUAAUUUAUCAGAACUAGAGGGAUAACGUAAGUGGUUUGCCAAACUUUCCGGUGUGUGAAAGCUACUCGAGUACAUAUCAGAUUUCAUUCCCUACAUAGGAGUAUGCUCCGUUCCCUUUAAUUUGAAUCUUGAUCCCUUCGUUUUGUGUGUGAGUAACAUUGUGGUUACCAUGGAUAUCCAUUUACACCUCCAGCUUCCCUCACACCGUCACUAGUGUCUGUCUCUACGGUGUAGCGUUUACAGGCCGAGUGUUCUUCACCUGCAAUGCUGCAUUUAAACACACAGAGGUGCUCCACCGUCACGUCCCCUGCUCCACAUGCUGAUGUUUCUGUGCAGGGGAUAUUGUGUCAGUGGGCUGUUUUGCAAAAGACAUCAAAGAGUGUAUGUUUGCAUAAAAAGAAAAGGGUCAGUCACUUAUACCAUCAAAUAAUAACUUGUGUUUUGUUUAUGGAAUGUUUUUAUUUAUUACGUCAAUCUGAGUCUACGUCUUCACUGCAUUGUCUUAUCAAACCGUUCUUCCAUUUAGCGCUCUGCUCGUGGUAAAUUGUGGGUUUCCUAUUGUGUGAAUGUGGACUCAUCAUUUGGUUCUCAGGGUUCACCCACAUCUCAAAGAGCCAGGUAGUCUGAAGCAGUAGACCUAAAUGUUUCAAUUUUAACGCAUUAUUAGAUAAAUGUAAUACUUUUGGGCAUUUAAGAUAAAUGCUUUUGUUUGUAAUGCAGUGAUAUUGGGAACACAAAUCCUGGGUUGUAAACUUAUACAAUUGUUGGAAUGAUUAUUGCUAUGCGGUUUGAAUAUAUGAUCCUUUUUAAGUUUGCUUAUGUCGGAUGACUAUGAUUUUUUGUGUUAAUGGCGAGUUAAUACGGAUGUCAUGCAGCUGAUAAACUGACUAAGUGUAUUGAUGAAGUUCAAAGAUAAUACGUAAUAGUGUGUUUCUUGAUUAUGGAAAUGUUUGAUCUCUGAGUUAUUGCACAGUAAAGGUUAAAUAAACAUUGGAUACGCAGCA